UUAUACCCCGCAGUCAAACAGAUUAAUCUCAUUUUGAAUUGUGUUUUGAAAAGUAAAACCACUCGAAUGAAUCUUUUGUAUUCCAUUUUUAAGGGAUUUACUUUAUUGUAUUUUCUUACACCGUGGUUCUUUCGAUUUAAUUUGUAAUCCGUUUUGCAGUGAUCAGUCCGUCAUUGAUUUCUCUCCACCUCAGUGUUCAUAUGUCGAAUUGUUCUCCUUCAUACAGUGUUAAAAGGGUGGUCUUGGUACACAUAAAAUAAAGGUGUAGGCAUCAAAGCAACAAUCAAUUGAUAUUGAGCACCAGCCGUCAUCCGGGACCUAAUGUACAACCAAUCACCGCAAAUAGUCAAGACAUUUAGCACAAGGGUUGUGCCAGAUAGCCAUUUGAACAUUUUUGACGUCCUUAUUGAAAAUGGAUUUAGAUUGUGUCAACUGCAGCGGUACAGUCUAUGAAAUGUUGAACAAUACUACUUUAAACUCGACUCUGGAUGACACAGACAUUUUGGAGAGACCAUUUCAAGUACCUGUUGGCAUAUUAAUACUUUUAGCCAUUCUGUAUGGAUCAAUUUCCAUAUUAGCUGUCUUGGGAAACACGCUAGUUAUCAUUGUGAUUUUAAAAAGCAAGAAAAUGCAGUCUAUCACAAACAUCUUCAUAGCGAACCUUGCCUUAGGUGACGUGCUCAUUGGUCUCUUCUCCAUACCCUUUCAGUUUCAGGCCGCUUUGUUGCAACGCUGGGUGGUGCCGUAUUUCCUCUGUCCGGUGGCGCCAUUCGUCAAAAACCUGACCGUCUGCGUGUCCGUUUUUACUCUCACAAUCAUUGCCAUCGAUAGAUAUAUCGCCGUUAUGUACCCCCUGAAAGCGGGUAUCAAAAUGAAAGUUGCUACUUUGGUGCUUGUGAAUAUUUGGUUAUUCGGUAUCAUAUCCAGUGUGCCAAACUUGGUCUUCUUCGAGGUCAUCGAAGUUCCGGACCCCCCUUUCAAAGACCAAACGAAGCCAUUUUGUGCCCAUGCCUAUCCAUCGAAAUUAUUUAUGCGUGUCCAUGUGUUUUAUCUUUUUUUCAUCCAGUACUUGUUGCCUCUUUUGGUCAUAAACUUAACAUACUUUCGCAUUGUGUUCAAAAUCUGGGGAACAAAGACCCCUGGUCAACAUUUAGAAGUCGUUCAGGAAACUACCCGGACAAGGAACCGGAAAAAGGUUGUGAAAAUGCUCAUCAUCGUGGUCUGUCUGUUCGUCGUUUGUUGGAUGCCUUUACACAUCUACCAAGUUUUAUCACAAAUAUACCCCGCCAUAAACAAUUAUGAAAAUAUUCACAUCAUAUGGUUUUGUUGCAACUGGCUAGCUAUGAGCAACUCCUGUUACAACCCCUUUGUUUAUGGCCUCCUUAAUUCUAAAUUCAAGCGAGAAUACCAGAAAUUGCUGUCUUACAUAACGUGUUGCAGAAAGCUGUUACAAGAUAGAGAGUUUGGAGAAUACUCCGAUCUCAGCGCCGGAAGUAUGCGCCGAGCGCAGAUGUACGGAACACAAAUUUCCUCCUUCAAAAACGGAAGCUUCAGACUCGAAAAUCAAAGAAGAGGAAUCAGCUUGAAAAGAAUGUCUUUAAAUAGAGUUCAACUGUAAAUAAUCUCUCUCUCUCUCUCUCUCUCUCUCUCUCUCUCUCUCUCUCUGAAAAUAGUUUGUUAUAAUUCAACAGAGAAAUAAAUAAAUAAAAUUCU